AUGAUUUCCUGUUUUUUCUUCUUGCACGUCCUUGAUGCAUAUAUUUCUUUAAAGAAAGAAAUCAGAGAAACUCCUGUUGGUUACGUCGCCUUUCUUUUUUGCAGCUUCUUAUUCGGAGCCCCGCCUGUCACUUUCUCUUUGUGCUCUUUCUUAUUUGUGGCUAAUUAAGUGUUUCAUAGUUUCUGACGCAUUUAAUCAUCUACCCUUUGGCCCAAAAUAUUCUGAACAAUGAACGCAAGAAUUUGAACAAAAAAUGUAUAGAGACUAUAAAAAUAAUAAAGUAAAUUAAACUUUUUAGAAUUAUUCAGUAUGAAAGAACAAAAGAAGAAAAUUGAAAAUUGGUUUGAGGUAAAAAUCUGCGAUGCGUGAGGACCACCCAUUUUAUUC